AUGUCGGUAUUUAAAUUAAAACGCAUUCCAACAACGGCAAGUCGAAUAGAUAUAUUGCCAGAUGAAUCGAGUUGGCCAGAGACAACUUCGGCACAGACGGCUUCAACGAAAAGUAAAUUCAACGUUCGAAAGCCCAGUCUUGGCGGUGCUCGUCGGCCAAACAACACCACCACCACAGACAAUGGUUACAGUAGCGCCGUUCGUCGUAGCACUAUUGCUUGGGGGACUAUGUCUCAAACGCUGAAUCUUCAAGUUGAACAAUAUAGACGUUCGUCCGAAUUAGCUGCUGCCCGCCCUAGAUCAAAUAGGGUAAUUAAAGAACGACAUGAUCACAUUACCACGGUGUUUGAGGAUGCAAAAGAUUCUGACGAGGAGGCAUCGAUAAUUGUCCCAAGGAAGCCAUCGUAUCAUCGCGCAAGUACAGCAGGUUCAAUAGCCGAAUUUGAAGAAGGGAUAACGGGAGAUGUAUCAUUGCUAAGAACGGACGUACACAUCGUUCCGAUAGCGACCCUUGUCGAACGAUUUCAUGCAAACUUGCAAAAUGGUUUGAGUGAUGCUAUAGUCACAGAACAUCGUGCUCAAUACGGGAAGAACACAUUAACACCACCGCCAAAACCGAGUUAUCUCUGGAUGCUUCUCAGACAGAUGCUUGUCGGUUUAAUGGAAUUUUAUGGGUCGCUACUUUAUUCGCUUUUCUAA